AUUAUAUUCUUCCCACUAUCCCAAGUUUAUGUUAACAAACAAACUUACCUACAUUUCUAUAACUAUAUAUAGAGUAUUGUACCAUAUUGGUUCUAAGCCAGCCUUUCAGGUCUCCUAAUUUAUGUCCUUUGUUCUUUAUUCUUUACCUAUAUCUAUAUCCAAUCAUACUUCACUACUUGUUCUUGGUUUAGCCGAGACCAGUUUUUUGGGAUUAAGACUUUGCUGUUGUUGCACCUGUUCUUUUGGGGUUAAGACUUUGCAUUGUUGUGGUUGUUGCACUUGUUCUUUGUUUAGCCGAGAUCAGUCUCUUGGGAUUAAGGCUCUGCCGUUGUUGUUGUUGCACCUGUUCUUUAGGGAUUAAGGGUUUGCGUUGUUGUUGUUGCACUUGUUCUUUGUUUAGCCGAGAUCAGUCUUUUGAGAUUAAGGCUCUGUUUUGCCGUUGUUGUUGCACUUGUUCUUUACCUUAUCUAAGUGUAUUAUUUGUGAUGGGUAAAUUCCAUCUAACAUUGUUGUUUUUAGUAUAUGCUUGUGCAUUUUCUAGCUCUUAUGCUAGACACCAUAAACACUCGUUUAAACGACACAAGCAUGGACAUCAUUAUUCUCCUCCAUCAUCGGGGAUUUCAUUGCCACCUUCUCCUCAGCCCGAUGAGCCUCCGGCUGCUGCACCAGUUUAUGCUCCUAGCGGGUUUUUUGAUGUUAGGAGUUUCGGUGCUGUGGGCGAUGGGAUUGUAGAUGAUACGGAGGCUUUUAAGGCUGCUUGGGAUGCUGCUUGUAGUAGUGCUGAUAAUUCUGUGUUACUUGCUCCUAGUGGGCACACUUUCAUGAUUCAGUCUACUAUCUUCACUGGGCCUUGUCAAAGUGAGCUUGUUUUUCAGAUUGAUGGGUCAGUGGUUCCACCAGAUGGACCCGAAGAAUGGCCCAAGAACCUUAGUAAGCAUCAGUGGUUAGUAUUCUACAGAGUGCAGGGGAUGUCACUCCAAGGAGGCGGUCGAAUUGACGGAAGGGGAGAAAAGUGGUGGGAGCUUCCUUGCAAGCCCCACAAGGGACCUAAUGGAACCACACUGGCUGGCCCUUGUGAAAGUCCUAUUGCCAUUAGAUUCUUUCAGAGUUCUAACUUAACAGUCAAAGGCCUUAAAAUUCAGAAUAGCCCUCAAUUUCAUUUCAGGUUUGAUGUUUGUCACAAUGUUCACAUCGAGUCGAUUCAUAUCACAGCUCCGACCUUGAGUCCUAACACCGAUGGCAUUCAUAUUGAAAACACCAACAAUGUCCAAAUAUAUAAUUCCUUCAUUUCCAAUGGCGAUGAUUGUGUUUCAAUCGGCUCUGGUUGCUAUGAUGUAGACAUUCGAAAUAUCACUUGUGCACAUGGUCAUGGGAUUAGUAUUGGGAGCCUAGGGAACCACAAUUCAAGGGCAUGUGUGCACAAUAUCACAGUCCGAGACUCACUAAUUAGAGAAACCAGCAACGGAGUAAGGAUCAAGACAUGGCAAGGAGGUUCCGGGGCAGUAUCAGGGGUGACAUUCGACAAUAUUCGUAUGGACACCGUAAGGAAUCCCAUCAUAAUUGAUCAAUUCUACUGCCUAGGAAAAGGGUGUAACAACCAAUCUUCUGCUGUUUUCGUGAACGACAUUCUGUAUUCCGGCCUUAAGGGCACCUACGACGUUAGAAGUCCUCCUAUGCACUUUGCGUGCAGUGACGCAAUCCCUUGUUCCAACAUCACGCUUGCUGAUAUCGAGCUUCUUCCUGCUGUUGGCGAAAUGGUGUUGGAUCCCUUCUGUUGGAACGCUUAUGGUUAUUUAGAGUCGCUCACGAUUCCUCCUGUAUCGUGCUUGCAAGAGGGUAUCCCGCCUCAACCGAUCUUGGAAAGUGGCAUCGAUCAUUGCUGAGUUACCUUUCGAUUCUGUCGACCUAGAUUGAAUUACAUUGUAUAUACAUUUUAGGGUGUGCUGAGCUUUGUAUUCAGGGAGAAGCAUAUUUUAGUCUCUUCUCCUGACGAAAUAGUUAUACAGGUUUUUCUGUUAUGUAGUGUCAAUUGUUAGGCUUUGAUAUGGAUUUUCUGUUUUGUGCUGUCCAUUUCAGUGUGUGUAUCUCUUUUGUUGUAGUUUAUGUUAGAUAA